AUGACUACGGGUCCCUUUUUGAUGGGAGACAACCUCCAGCUCCUCUGCUCAGCCGCAGCUGCCGAUGCAGCUGGUGGAGCAUACUAUCCAGAAAAAUCCCACAUUCUGACUAUUCGGCAGCAGCCAGAGAGAUCACGCGUUGGCAGUGUCAGCGAAAAGAUGUUAAUGGACGAGGCUGCCAAAGCACCACUGCGCUAUCUCAAAGGCCACCGCGCAGCAGCCAUGGCAGGAUCCAUGGUCUCUCCUCUGCACACACUGCGCGACGCCAGCUUGAUGCAAGGCGCCUACUUUGUCUUCAGCGAUCUCAGCGUGCGCAUGGAGGGCUCUUUCCGCCUCCGCUUUGACCUCUUUGAGAUGGAAGAUACCGAUACGUUACCACCAGCAAAGCGGGCCAAACUGUCACCCCUGACAUCGGUAACUUGCGGGAUGCUCGGCGGAGCGUCAGGACCCGGUAAUCCCAACUUGUUGAUAUUCCAGCACAACCAGUUUCCAGCAGACUACCACAGAAACAAGGAGAACAUGCCCAUGAUUUGCCGCCCGUUGGUCAGCCGAGACGAUCACUUGCUGGACCUUAGCGACAUUGCUGCUGUGGCUUUGCUGGACAGUCUGAGUGGAGCUCUUGCUGCAGAGAGCUGUGCAAGCCAGGCGUUCUCUCCCGGAUUCGCACCAACACUAUCCUCAUCCUCACCAACGACAAUGGGUGGCAUUUUUUCAAGCAUCGCCGAAACGUCUCAGCAGCCAAUAUCGAGCAUUGGGUUUGACUCUGGCAUGGCCCCGGCACCGUUUUCCAUGGGUGCUCCGUUCUCCAGCUACCGCCUCACCAGCCUGCGCACUCCGGAUUCAAUAUACGGAAAUAGCGUGUUCCUGGGAGCCGCACCCAGACUCCACCCGACACUGCGCUCGGGCGGAGGCGUCAAUAAUAGUAUUAUCAGUGGAAAUGACUCUGGCAUAUUCAGCUAUAAUUCUAGGUCGGACAACAGUGCCGCCGAGCCAGCAGCCUCACAGAUAUUACAGUUGCCACAGCGGCUGUACAACUCACAGACACGCAAUUCCAACAUUGGAACCGAAAGCUAUGGCCACAGUCACAGCAGGACAGGCAUGGGAAUUGCAUAUGCUCAACAAGAACAUGACUACCAUGCUGCUGAUAGCCGCGGAGGCGAGGGCUGGAGCGGCGAGACUCUGGCUUCCAUUAAUAUGAAUUUGCCCCAUGCUGGCCAUCCGCCGCCCAGUCGCACUGACCUUGCGGGAGCAAUUGUAUAG